AUGAUCAACCAUACCCACUCUGGAAAAUUUAAUUCUAGUUUACCACAUAAUACUACUAAUGGUAAUUCGAGUAAAGUAGAUUGGAAUUGUAGUUUACCUUUUGAUGUGACUAAUAUCAGUACUAGUGAUUGGAACUGUAGUUUACCUUUUAAUGGGUCUAAUAUGACGGGUUUAAUGGAUUGGAACUCUUCUUUACCUUUUAAUGGGUCUAAUAUGACGGGUUUGAUGGGGUGGAACUCUUCUUUACCUUUUAAUGGGUCUAGUCUUACUGGCUUAAUGGAAUGGAACUCUUCUUUACCUUUUAAUGGAUCUAACAUGACGGGUUUGAUGGACUGGAACUCUUCUUUACCUUUUAAUGGAUCUAACAUGACUGGUUUAAUGGAUUGGAACUCUAGUUUACCUUUGAACGGAUCGACUACUGAAGACUGGAACUCUACUAGUACUUUGGCUCUUAAUGCUACUGAUGAUACUCCUGAGAGUGAUAGUGAUAGUGAUGAUCCUUUUGCACCUGAUGAUGCGGUAAAUGGGACUGGUAGUGAUGGAGAUGGGAAUUGGAAUGCUACUACUGAUUAUAAUCCUUCUGAACUUAAAGAACAGUAUGCUCAACCUAUUUGA